ACCUUAAUUCCAAAAAACUCAAAAGCUUCAUUUUUGUUUCUCCCUCUUCUUCUUUGCUCCUCCCACAUGUCACAGCACCACUAACAAGUUCAAACAAACCAAACCAUUUUUCAACUUUUUGCUUAUGUUGGCAACAAUGGAAUUUGUCUUUUUUUCUCUUCUUCUUGUUCUUUUACUCUUUUCCUAACCAACACCUCUUGUAGAAACAAAAAAACAUAACUCAUCAGCAUUUACCACCUUUCUCUUUGUCUUUUUUCCCUCAAACUUUGUCAACUUUUUGCUAUUUUAAGGAUGGCUGCAGAGAAUCAUGUAUUUAUUUCAUGGGAAGAACACUUUAUUUCUCAGGAGAAAGGCCAUCGCAUUGUGCACUACUACUUGAAGGAUUUCUCGGGGGAGAAGAUCCUUGCUGUGGUGGGUACUGAAAGAAGUAUAAGGCAGAUGAUGUAUGUUGUGUCAGAGGAUUUUUUGGAUGCUUUCGGGCAGACAAGUACCAUAAAUUCUGGAACAAAGUGGCAGGCAAAACGAGACGUAGUGGAAUGGCUGACGUUUUUGAUCUCAAAGCGUCACCGAUCAUCAGCUAAUUCAAAUCCCUCGACAAGUGAAAGGAGAAGUGCUUCAAUGGCUGGUUUACCUAAUAAGGGCGAGCUUCCUAGCAAAUCGAAAACAGAGAAAUCAGAUAUUUCAUGGUCAGGUACUGCUUGGACCUGCUCCGGCAAACUUAAGCAUUACCCUUCUUUUUGCCGAAAUGGAACUACAAUAACUGUUAAUUCCUUUGCUAUGGUCAUGGGCGAAGGAGAAAGUCACUACCUAGGUUACUUGGAAGAUUUCUAUGAGAACAAGAAGGGACAGAAAAAAGUUAAAGUACAGUGGUUUCAACAUUUUCAGGAAGUCCAGUGUGCAAUUCCUCAGCUUGAGGGGCACCCUAGAGAAGUGUUUAGCACGUCUCAUGUUCAGGUGAUCUAUGCUGAGUGUAUCGAUGGUCCUGCUACUGUUUUGACUCCUAGAGAUUAUGAGAAAUACAUCUCUCUUAUCCCAGAAAAUUUGUCUUCUGGUCUCUAUAUGUGCUUUAGGGAAUUCAGAAACAACAAGGUCAUUCCAUUCUCUCUGAGUAAACUGGAUGGGUACUAUAAUCAAACGAUAUUUACCAUGUUAUGCAGUCGACAAAAGUCAAAGGGUCAUAAGUUUCAUGAAGUAAAAGAUUUAAAUCGUGAAGAUCCUUCAAGGCAAGGGCCUAGUAGGAGUAGAAGUGCCAGGGAGGGUCCAAAACUGGAGAGGCAGAUAAAAAAAGCCGAACCAACUUGCCCCAAAUUAAAAAUAAAAUUGCCAAGCAGAGUACCGGUUGGAAUUCAGCUUGUUGAGCCUCAAUGUAAGCGGGCUUUUGAAGUUGGUGACAAGUUAGAGGUUCUUAGCCAGGAUAGUGGCAUGAGAGGCUGCUGGUUCAGGUGUAAGGUCAUACAGGUAUCACAAAAACGUCUGAAAAUUCAGUACGAUGACAUCCUGGACUGUGAUGGUCCUAAGAAGCUCGAGGAAUGGGUUCCUUCCUCCAAAGUUGCAGCCUCUGAUAAAUUGGGCAUGAGAUACAUAGGACGCCGCACGGUUCGGCCCCGGCCUCCGGAGGGUUCUUCUGACCAUUCUUUUGAAGUAGGAGCUGCAGUUGAUGCUUGGUGGUCGGAUGGGUGGUGGGAAGGUGUUGUUGCUGGUUUUAAUGACCGUCGAAGCGGUCAUCUUCAGGUUUACUUCCCUGGUGAGAACAGAUUGUUGGAAAUUGAAAGGAAGAACGUGAGGAUUUCAAGAGAUUGGAUAGAUGACAAAUGGAUGGAAGUUGAGGGAAAGAAAGACAUAAACAUGGCAUCGACUUCUAAAAACUCGAUGAACAAGCAAGAUACCGAUGUGCUUAAUCUGAAAAAGCGAUGGUGUACUGAUUUUCUUCAAGGUAAGAAGAGCUGAUGUCAGACAAGUCUGCAACUGAUAAUGCUGGCGUCUAGGAGUCGUCAGUUUUUUUGAUAAUGGUGAAAUGCUUUUGGCACUGUGGGUAGAUAUUUUGACUUGUAAGUAAUUCUCAAUGGUGCCCCAUUUGCCUAUGUAAAUAUAUAGGUCUUGUACAACAAAACCUGGAAAAGGCAACUUAUAGAACUAUAGGCAAGCAGUCUUCUGGUUAGUAUAUGUAUUUUACAAAUUGGUAUGGAAGGUGGCAUGCUCUUGUAUUGCACAAUCUUUCUUAUCUGAUAGUUAUAAAAGUUGUAGCUUUAUGAAGUUUCCUCUGAG